AGCUUCACUUUAGACAUACAGGUAGUUGGAAAUGGAGUAUCACUUGCAACUAAUGCUUUGAUUGACACUGGAGCAAAUGGAUAUGUGUUUUUGAGCACACCACUGGCGAUUAAACUAGCCCAAUUCUUUGGUAUAGGCACCCUCCCACUGAGUCAAGACUGUCCAGUCAGAGGAUACGACGGUAGGAUGGGAGAGCCAAUUACCCAUGCCAUAGUGCUGGACCUGCGGGUUGAUGGGAGGAAACUAGCAGACACCCCUAUGCUGAUUGCAGAUCUGGGAAAGCAUGACAUCAUCCUGGGGAAGACAUGGUUGGCACAGAACCAAGUCCUACCUGACUGCACCAACAAUCAAUUGUUGUGGCCUGAUGAGUUACCACCCUGGAAAGAAGUGGUGAACCAGCUGGUGUGGACAUUACCAAAGACCAUACUGCAUUGA